AGAUCUCAUUUCACCUCACCCUGUCGUCGCCCCCUACCAAUUCUCGCGAGACUUCAGGAAAUUCAGCUUCUGCGCAUUGAACGAUACUGAGAGUCGAGGCGCCGGGGGAGGGGGAGGGGGAGGGGAAAAGGUGAGACGGUGCAAACGGCGUGGCCGCCAUCUUGUUUGUGCCCCCGCUUCGCGCGCACUCCGUUCUUCGUGACGCACGCUUCCCCCUCCCCUCUGCCGUGCCUGGGCCUCUGCAUUGCCCGACUCUGCAGGAGCGCGGGGGCGGCUCCUGCUCUUCCCUGGACUCCUGAGCAGAGUUGUCGAAAUGUCCACAGAAGGAGGAUUUGGUGGUACCAGCAGCAGUGAUGCCCAGCAAAGCCUACAGUCCUUCUGGCCUCGUGUCAUGGAAGAAAUUCGGAAUUUAACAGUGAAAGAUUUCCGAGUACAGGAACUCCCACUGGCUCGUAUUAAGAAGAUUAUGAAACUGGAUGAAGAUGUAAAGAUGAUCAGUGCUGAAGCCCCUGUACUCUUUGCCAAGGCAGCCCAGAUUUUUAUCACAGAGUUGACUCUUCGAGCCUGGAUUCACACAGAGGAUAACAAGCGCCGGACUUUACAGAGAAAUGAUAUCGCAAUGGCAAUUACAAAAUUUGAUCAGUUUGACUUUCUCAUUGAUAUUGUUCCAAGAGAUGAACUGAAACCUCCAAAACGUCAGGAGGAGGUGCGCCAGUCUGUAACUCCUGCCGAGCCUGUCCAGUACUAUUUCACGCUGGCUCAGCAGCCUACCGCCGUCCAAGUUCAGGGACAGCAGCAAGGCCAGCAGACCACCAGCUCCACGACUACCAUCCAGCCUGGACAGAUCAUCAUUGCACAGCCUCAGCAGGGCCAGACCACACCUGUGACGAUGCAAGUUGGAGAAGGUCAGCAGGUGCAGAUUGUCCAGGCCCAGCCACAGAGUCAAGCCCAACCAGCCCAGAGUGGCACUGGACAGACCAUGCAAGUGAUGCAGCAGAUCAUCACUAACACGGGAGAGAUCCAGCAGAUCCCAGUACAGUUGAAUGCCGGCCAGCUGCAGUAUAUUCGCUUAGCCCAGCCUGUAUCAGGCACCCAAGUCGUGCAGGGACAGAUCCAGACACUUGCCACCAACGCCCAACAGAUUACACAGACAGAGGUCCAGCAAGGACAGCAGCAGUUCAGCCAGUUCACAGAUGGACAGAGGAACAGCGUGCAGCAAGCUCGAGUCUCUGAGCUAACGGGAGAGGCAGAGCCCAGAGAAGUGAAAGCCACAGGAAAUUCAACUCCCUGCACCUCUUCCCUGCCCACCACACACCCCCCCACACACCGGGCUGGUGCCUCCUGUGUCUGCUGCUCCCAACCCCAGCAGAGCUCCACAUCCCCUCCUCCCUCUGACGCCUUGCAGUGGGUGGUGGUUGAGGUAUCUGGGACCCCCAACCAGCUCGAGGCCCAUAGGCAGCUGCAUGCCCCUCUCCCAGGGGUGACCUCACUCUCUCCUCUCCACCCCUCGCAGCAGCUCUACCAGAUCCAGCAAGUCACCAUGCCUGCGGGCCAGGACCUCGCCCAGCCCAUGUUCAUCCAGUCAGCCAACCAGCCCUCCGACGGGCAGACCCCCCAGGUGACCGGCGACUGAGGGCCUGAGCUGGCAAGGCCAAGGACACCAAACACAAUUUUUGCCAUACAGCCCCAGGCGAUGGGCGCAGCCUCCCUCCCCAGAGGACCCAGCCGACCUCAGCGCCUCCUGCAGGCUAGGACACUGGUGCACUACGCCCCAUGCCGGGGGGCCGAGAUUCUCCACAGAAAGUUGCAAUAUUUUUGUUUCCUUUUUUUCCAUUUUUUUCUCCAAGGAAUCAAUAUUUCAAUAUGCUGAGUUGUGUGUCCAGUGCUAUGAAGUGAAAAUAUUAAAUAUCAUACUUAUGGCAUUUUCUUGAAGAAUGUGGUUGAAGAAAUAUUUCUCCUUUUGUUUUUCUUUUUUUGGUUCUCACCGCCACUCUUCUUUUUAGGAGCAAAUCUCCCCAGGAGUGUAUGGUAUUUCCUAACUCUUGGACCAGCUGCUGCCCCCAAGAUUUGCCACAUUGUUCUGCCCCAAAAUUGAAUUAGGUGAAUGUAUGUAGCUUCUUUUUCACUAGUGGUCCUUUCCCCGUUCCCUGCUCUUGCCCCAGAGUUCUGUGUAUUUGCAUCCAGAGGCCACAGAAACAUUCCUUGCAUUUGAGAGAUCAACUCAUUCCCCACGGAGAGUGGAUGGGUUCAUUCCCACACCUUCUCUCCCAGGGACCCGAGGAGACUAGAACUUUCUGCAUUGUGCCCCUCCCCCUUUAUUUUAUUUUUUUUUAAAUGCAUUAAAAAAUUGUGCUAGUCUCCUUUGCUGCAUGGACUUCAAACUGCAUGAAAUGCAAUAAAUGUCAUUUUAGAUAA